AAUGUCAGCUGUGUUAUAACAGCCAGACGUAAUUAGAAAUUUUAUAAACUACAAGUGAAUCAAGUGAAGAUAUUAAAUAAAGUGAUAAUGUUUAUAGUAGCUAUAACUGGAGGAAUAGCUACUGGUAAAAGUACAGUAAGCCAAGUAUUCCUAGAUAAUGGUAUACCGGUGGUUGAUGCUGACAGAAUAGCCCGUGAAAUCGUUCAACCUGGGACAACAUGUUGGCAUAAGAUACGACAAGUAUUCGGAGAUGAGAUUAUUCUACCAACUAAACAAAUCAAUCGUGAGGCUUUGGGCAAGGCAAUUUUUAAUAACAAAGAGUUACGCGGAAAACUGAAUCAAAUUACACAUCCGGUAAUACAUCGAACCAUAUUCCUACAAGUUUUCAAACAUUUCAUGAGUGGUCGCUCGUGGAUUGUGCUCGAUUUACCCUUGCUUUUCGAAACAGGCAUACUUAUGGAAUUCAUUUAUAAAAUUGUUACCGUGUCAUGUGAGCCUGAGAUCCAAUUAAGCCGACUUAUGCAAAGGAACGAAUAUUCAUUUGAAGAUGCUAAAAAGCGUAUUGACUCGCAAAUGCCAUUAGAGAAGAAAUGUGAACAGUCCCAUUUCGUAAUUGAUAAUUCGGGUAGUAUUGAAGCAACCCGGGAAGCAGCUUUGCGUAUACUGCAGCUAAUGAAUGACUCGAAGCAUCAUUGGCGUAAUCGUGUGACACUUUUGGGUAUAGUGUUGGGACUCGGAUUAGUGAUAUAUUAUUUGAAUAGAAUUUUUAAUUUCUUCUAGGCUUGUUCUUUAAUAAAGUGCACUCCAAAAAAAGCAUAAGUAAUAACUAUAUACAUAUACGCUUAAAAACUAUGCUGACCUAUCGCUCUUAAUUAAGCUUGGUAGCGACAAAUACAACUAAAGCUAUUUAUUAAUUAAUUAAUAGUCUUGCAUAUGAUAUAAAAUUUUAAUAAAAAAUUCCGCUUUCACAUCGUUAGUAUAUUAUAUUCCGUUAUUACAGUAUAUAAAAUUUCGAUUUGUCAUUAGUUUGUAUUAAUUUAGAGUUGACGAAAUAGUGGUUUGAAAAUUGUCUCCGCAAUCGCAAACCAAAAUUUAUAUAAAAAACCUUAGUUUUAAUAUAUUCAGUUUACUGGUGUCAUAAUAUUCUCUUAGUUUAAAAAAUAUUAAGUUAUACUCGCAUUUCGUGAUUUAGAGUGUGUACUCAUGUUAUUAUUUCACCAAAAAUUAAAUACUAGACACAUUUAUGUAGUCAUUACACACAAUUUGCAUAAUAAAUAAUAUACAAAAACAAACAUAUGUAUGUAUGUAUGUACACAAGCACAAGUAUAAAAAUA